UAUGCUUCCUCUGGAUAUAUAAAAACCCAAACUAAUACGCUCUUCAACACCACUCUGCUUCCAUUUCUCUUUCUGUUUAGCGUUUAGAUCUCUGUCCUCUUUGCAUCAUCUACUACAACAAUGGCCAAGAUUAAGAUCGGUAUCAAUGGUUUCGGAAGGAUCGGUCGUCUGGUUGCGAGAGUUGCAUUGCAGAGAGACGACGUUGAACUCGUCGCUGUUAACGAUCCUUUCAUCACCACCGAUUAUAUGACCUAUAUGUUCAAAUACGACACCGUUCAUGGACAAUGGAAGCACCAUGAUAUCAAGGUUAAAGAUGAGAAGACUCUUCUCUUUGGUGACAAGGCGGUCACUGUUUUUGGCGUCAGAAAUCCAGAGGAGAUUCCUUGGGGGCAGGCUGGCGCUGAAUAUGUCGUUGAGUCUACCGGAGUAUUCACUGACAAGGACAAAGCCGCUGCCCACUUGAAGGGCGGUGCAAAGAAGGUGAUUAUUUCUGCUCCCAGCAAGGAUGCUCCCAUGUUUGUUGUGGGUGUCAAUGAGAAGGAGUACAAGCCUGACCUUAACAUUGUCUCCAAUGCUAGCUGCACUACCAACUGCCUUGCUCCUUUGGCUAAGGUUAUUCAUGAUAAGUUUGGUAUUGUUGAGGGUCUUAUGACCACUGUCCACUCUAUUACCGCUACGCAAAAGACUGUUGACGGACCAUCAAUGAAGGACUGGAGAGGUGGUAGAGCUGCUUCCUUCAAUAUCAUUCCUAGCAGCACUGGAGCUGCUAAGGCUGUAGGGAAAGUUCUGCCUGCUCUGAAUGGAAAGUUGACUGGAAUGGCUUUCCGUGUUCCCACUGUUGAUGUCUCAGUGGUUGACCUCACUGUGAGACUUGAGAAGAAGGCCACUUAUGAACAGAUUAAAGCAGCUAUAAAGGAAGAAUCUGAGGGAAAGCUGAAAGGAAUCCUUGGUUACACUGAAGAUGAUGUUGUGUCAACUGACUUUGUGGGUGACAGCAGGUCAAGCAUUUUUGAUGCCAAGGCUGGAAUUGCAUUGAAUGAUAACUUUGUGAAACUUGUCUCUUGGUAUGAUAACGAAUGGGGCUACAGCUCACGUGUGAUCGAUUUGAUCCGCCACAUAGCCUCUACCCAAUAAGCAGCUCAAUAUUUAGGAAAUUUCACAUGAUGUGGACCUCCUCCUUUCCGGCUUAGUAUGCAGUUUAGUAUGAAUGCAGAAGAGGUGUUUUGGGAAUAAUUGUACUAAGGAACGUUUUAUUGUUGGGACUAGCUUUAUACAUCAUGUGGCUUGAUUUGAGCUUUGUAAUAGGGGUUUGCGUUUCCCCUGUUUAUCCCUUAUAAUUGGAAUUGGAAAAUUAAUACAAUUAUCUCAAUUUAUUUA